CAUAUAUUUCUUGUAGCCGCUCUUGAAUAUUGUGCUCAAGAUGGCCGCCGAUGUGGGAUCGAUGUUUCAAUAUUGGAAGAAAUUUGAUCUUCGGCGGCUUCAGAGGGAGCUGAAUUCAGUAGCGGCACAACUAGCAGGCCGACAAGAAGAGAGCGAGGACUCCCAUAAGCACCUGGUCGAGCUGAGUCGUGAAUUCAAGAAAAAUGUGCCAGAGGAGGUGUUGGAGAUGGUUUCUCCUGUUCUCAAAGGUUUCCAAGCUCAGGUGGUUGCGUUGAGCCAGCGCAGUAAGGAGGCGGAGUCUGCAUUCCUGGGAAUAUAUAAACAGCUGAUCGAGGCCCCAGAUCCGACUCCGCUGCUAGAAGCCACACAUUCACUGGGAGAACGUCUGGCAGAACUGCAGCAUUCCGGUCCUGAUGGUGAUGCUCUGAUUUCGCAGAUCUCAACCCACCUGACAAGACCUCUGGAUUGCCUCAACAGAGCAGAGCACACAGAGGAGGACUCCGUAACCAUAGAUACAGGGGAGGCGUCCACACAGUGUCCUCGUAGGAUGACACCAAACAGCACGCAGGACACGCAGGGCGAUGACACGCCACUCAAAAACCAUCAUGAGCAGCAGGAGGGAGAGGAACAUGAAUCAGACGCUGCUGUGCCCAUCAGACUCGACCCGGCCGAUGAGCGGAUCAAAGCCCUUCAGUCAUCACUGAGCCUGGCCCGAUCUGAGCUGCUGGAGAUGAGGCGUAAAUAUGACAAGGAAAUGACCACAAAGGUGGAGGAGACGGGCGUGCUGAUGGCAGACCUGGAGAAGGCCAACCAGAGAGCAGAUGUCGCCCAGAGGGCAGUGAAGAGACUGAGUGAGCAGCUCGCCUCCUCUCAGAGCACAUCUAAAGGGACCCGCCUAUCAAAAGACGGACCCAAGGAGGAGAGAGACGCGGAUGAGACGGACGAGCGCUCGCUGUCGCGGCUGGAAGCGGUGCUGUUCACCAAGGACAGAGAGAUUCUCAGACUGCUCGAGAGCGUCCAGAGACUUCAGUUCACCUUACAGGAAGUCCGAGACUCGUCGGCCAAUCGGAUCGCGGAGCUGGAACGGCAACUGGCCUGUAAAUCAGACGCCAUAGAGGCGCUGGAGGCGAAACUUCAGUCUCAGAUGGACUAUGAAGAGAUUAAAACAGAACUCAGUAUUCUGAGAGCCAUGAAACUGGCAUCAGCCAAUGGAACUUCCCAGGAAUCAAGCAAAACCGCCGAGACUCUUCUGCUGGAUAAACACGCCUUUCUGUCCUCUCACAAAUAUCUUGACAAAGUCAGAGUGCUACACAACAGUGAUGAGCGUCAUUCUGAGGACUCCAGCAAGGACACGGUUCGCCCCGCGGGGUCAUAUUCAUCCCCUCCUGGAACACUGCCCACAGAUGGUCACGCUUCCUCCAGCCCGGGACCGGCCAACAACGACGCACCUCCCUCCGCCCAUGAACCGCCCAGGCCCUACUCGGUGUCGCCCUUCUCGUGUGAGAAACUUCCCGGAGAUCUACUUCUGCAGAAGCAGCUCCUGUCGCCCCUCUUCAAGAAAGACGGCACCUCCAUCAUGGCGUUUCCCACCGCACUCUACGCCGCCAAAGCCGCCCUCAUGUCAGCCAAUCAGAACUCCUCUUCGUCUGUCGCUGUGGAGACGGGCAUGCCCAGCGACCAAUCAGAGAGCGGUAGCUCUGGCGGUUCAGAUGACGAUCAGUUAGACACGUCAGAAAUCGCUUUUCAGGUGAAAGAACAGCUGCUGAAGCACAACAUCGGCCAGCGUGUGUUCGGUCACUACGUGCUGGGUCUGUCGCAGGGGUCGGUCAGUGAGAUCCUGGCCCGACCCAAACCCUGGAGGAAGCUCACGGUCAAGGGCAAGGAGCCUUUCAUUAAAAUGAAGCAGUUCCUGUCGGACGAACAGAACAUUCUGGCCUUACGCACCAUUCAGGUUCGACAGAGAGGGAGCAUCACUCCUCGCAUCCGAACUCCUGAAACUGGGUCAGACGAUGCCAUCAAGAACAUUCUGGAACAAGCCAAGAAGGAGAUCCAGUCUCAGAGAGGCGAUUGUAAAUCGUCUCUGGGCUGUUCGUCGGGUCAUAACAGUUCUCGAGAGAGCAGCAGUUCAGACGAAACCAUUAAGAACAUUCUGGAACAGGCCCGGCGAGAGAUGCAGGCCCAGCAGCAGGCCCUGCUGGAGAUGGAGGUGUGCGGUCGGGCGUCCACCAGCGAGCGUCUCGGCCUGCAGGACCCCACCAAAAGUCAGCCUCCCCCCACACCCCCCUUCAUCAAACAAGAGGAGGGCACCCCUGUGCCCCCGUGCCUGUCCAAUUCCACUAACGGCCCUCACGUGCCUCUCAGCGUCGUGUCGCCCGCCGCCUUCGUGCAGAACAUCAUCCGGAAGGUGAAGUCGGAGAUCGGAGAAGCCGGAGCGUACUUCGACCAGCACUGGUCUUCGGAGCGCAACUCGGUCGUGUUGGGCGCGGGCGGCACCUCUCGACCCUUUACCUCCGUCUCGCCCUCUCUCUCCUCCUCCUCUUCGACGGGUCACUCGUCUGUGCCUCGGUCCUGGCUGCGGAUGGAGAAUGGCGACUGCCCUGCCAAUGGAGAGGAGGCGUCCGCGCCGGAGGACGAGCCCGUGUUGGGGCGGCCGGUGGAGAUUAAGGUGGAGUCCGAUUCGUCCGUCAGCGGAGAUGCUGCGGGACGGGUGUCAUACUACCCCACGUACAUCCCCCGAGCCCUGAAACCCACGGUACCCCCGCUGACCCCCGAGCAGUACGAGAUGUACAUGUACCGUGAGGUGGACACCCUCGAGCUGACCCGGCAGGUGAAGGAGAAGCUGGCUAAGAACGGAAUCUGCCAGAGGAUCUUUGGAGAGAAGGUGUUGGGUUUGUCUCAGGGCAGCGUGAGCGACAUGUUAUCCAGACCGAAGCCGUGGAGUAAACUGACUCAGAAGGGCCGCGAGCCAUUCAUACGAAUGCAGCUGUGGCUGGUGGAUCAGCUGGGUCAGGGACUCACCCAGAUGUCCAACCCGAGCCAGGAUAAGAGCCCAGUGACGACCCGCUCGUCGCCAUCCCCUCCUCAGAGUCCCGAUGACCGACCCAACAUGAGUCUGGAGCCAGCUAGUCUCGCUUUGGAGAGCAGUAAAGAGAACCAGCAGCCUCAGCAUGUGGAACCUUACGGAGGUAAAGCCCCUCCGGGUAUGAUCGUCCCCCAUCAGCCCCACACGCCGCUGGGCAUACAGGAACUGGUGGCCAUAUCUCCAGAGCUGGACACUUACGCCAUCACCAAGAGAGUGAAAGAGGUUCUGACGGACAACAACUUAGGUCAACGUCUGUUUGGAGAGAGCAUUCUGGGAUUGACCCAGGGUUCAGUAUCAGACCUGCUGUCCCGACCCAAACCCUGGCAUAAACUCAGUCUGAAGGGCCGCGAGCCGUUCGUCCGCAUGCAGCUGUGGCUCAACGAUCCGCAUAACGUCGAGAAGCUGCGCGAUGUCAAGAAAAUGGAGAAGAAAGCCUAUCUGAAGCGGCGUUACGGUCUGUUGAGUCCGGGCUCAGACAGCGAUUCCCCUGGCGCCCAUUCAGACUGCAUCAGUCCGGGUCUGACCCAGCUGGAGAUCUGUCCGUUCGGUCAAGCGAAGAAGCCCAGAGUGGUGCUGGCCGCCGAGGAGAAGGAGGCUCUGAGGAGAGCGUAUCUCCAGGAGCCUUAUCCAUCACAACACACCAUUGAGAUGCUGGCUGCCCAACUCAACCUCAAAACCAACACCGUCAUCAACUGGUUCCACAACUACAGCUUUCUGCUUUUUGGAUGCAUUUCUCCCGGCUCCCGAAGCCACUCACUGCAACAAGACAGGUCUCGUAUGAGACGGGAAGUUCUGAUGGAGGGUCUCCAUGACAACGACACGGAUGCCGAGCACAACAACUGCUCCCCUCUGGCGUCCCACAGCCUUUCUGAUCGUGAAGACAGGAGGUCCUCUGCCGGCCGUAGCCGUCCUGUCAGCGCUGACCCCCGACGCUUCACGGUCAAACAGGAGGUACAUGAGCAAGAUGAUGAUGAGGACAUCAGGUCGAGACAGGCGAAAUUCUUCUCCGGCGUCCAGUUCACUCAGCUGAAAAGUGACCCGGAUCUGACCUCACAGCGUCCUCAGGGCAUCAGGGAUGAGGAGGUGGGCCGCAGUCAGUCUGUGUCAGUCGAGAGCUCGCAGAGGAACAGCUCACAUGAAGCGGAGGAUCUGGAGAAGUCGCCCGAGGACCCCGUUAGCUUCAAGGCUUCGUCGGAGCCGUCCCGCAGCAGUCUGGAGGUUUCGCUCAACUCGCCGUCAGCCGCGUCUUCCCCCGGCCUCAUGAUGUCGGUUUCACCCGUCCCGUCAUCUUCCGCCCCCAUUUCUCCGUCGCCACCCAACCCUCCAGCCGGCGGCACCAACUCCGGCCAUCAUCCUGCCAACCACGGCCUGGAGUCACCGUUGCUCAACUCCAAACUCAACAGAAGCACUCAGAGGCGCAACGAGAAGAUGGCUAACCUCAAUAACAUCAUCCAUCGGCUGGAGCGAGCCGCCAACAGGGAGGAGACGCUCGAGUGGGAGUUUUAGAGAUGUACUCGCACCUAUCACGGGCGUCUGCUUUCAUCACGAUGAUCGGCACUGAAACACUAUAGUGGCCCUGUGACGAUAAAUGUCUCGCGAAUUUUAGGAAAAAAGCAGACGACAAAUAUUUAUAAACAUGUUUUAGGUAUUUUGAUAAAAUAACUUUGUGACAGCACUAUCUGGCUUUGGUUUUAAACAGCGAAGGAGAGAAGAAUUCUCGCACGUGAAGACUUUGCAGUGUCAUGAAAUGCGCACUGACGUCUGGUAGAUUGCCACUGGGUGAGAUUAUUGAUUAAAAGACCUCGUCUUAAGCCAUCAAAAGCACUACUUAUUAAAAGAAAAACAGAGACAAUGACCAAAUUUGCUAAUUUUUAAAUAGCAGUUUUUCAACUUUUGUCUGUAAGACGGGACAGCGAAGUCAUGUGACGUGCGACAGCUUCAUAUUGACCGAGGGAUAGUCCUAAAAGACUCUAAAUAGUGAACAUUGCAUAUGUAUUUAGUUUCUCGGUGACCUGUUUUGGAACUUUUGUUAUACAAGCGUACAACGUGUGAUUGUGUGUGUCGUAGGAAAAAAAAACGUCUGCAAUAGCCUUCUCUGAACAAGAUGUAGCAUGGAUCAUAAUUUACCCUCGACUUUCCUCUUUAGCUAGUAACCUGUGAUAUACUUGAGCGAUACUAUAAAAAAAGAGAAAAUACAGCAAAAAACAAGAAAAAAGAAAGUGUAAAAAGUCCAACGGUAGAAAUGUUUUUUUUUUUAUCAUUUAUUUAGCAAACAUGUCAUUUUUGGUUGGAGACCUGAUCCCGGAGAGCCGCUGUCUCUCUCUUUUUCUCUCUCACACACACUGGCCGGUGUGUUUUGUGUAACCUGUAGCUCCUGAUACACCAGUCGAUGCUUUUCUACCCGAACGUUUGAAUACAAAAGCUAAUGUGUAUGUUGGGAACAAGCCUCAAAGACCGCUGAUGGAGAGACGGGUGGGGAUUGAUAACAUGUGUUUUGAUUAUUAAUGCAGUUUUGGUCGCAGGUGGCGAGAGAAGUUUGGGAAAAAUGUUUCACACAUGAGAUUGAGACACACUGGUAUGACUGUUCUCAUGGGCAUCUUAUAGAAUAUAGUAAAGAUGUGACACGAGGUCUUUACGUUCAUCUGCAACAGCGUAACGUCCAGGUCUGUUUAUGAAUCAAAAUACAUGUAAGCAGGGAGUUGAAAAUGCACUUAAAAUCAGACGAAUUUGUUUUUAAUGUGCUUUAUUUCAUCUAUAUACGUCCCAUGAGCACAUGCAGUGAUUUUAAUACUUAUUAACAGGUGCUCUUUCUACUUUAGUAGAUUCAGGUCUCAUUAAAGUGAAAACACUUUAAAUAAGGUGCUAUUCAUUAACAUUUGUAAAAGCAUUAGCUAACAAUUCACAAUUUAGAUUUUCAGCAUUUUUUAAUGCUUGUUAUUGUUAGUUUAUGUAUAUAAAGUUAUUUAUGAUAGUUCAUGGUGCAAUAACUAAUGUUAACAGUGACAACAUUUGAUUUUAAUUAUGUACUAGCAAAUGCGCAAAUUAUCAUGAAUUAAUAUGAAUAAAUGCUAGAAGUAUUCUUCAUUGUUAGUUAAUGUUAGCCAAUGCAUAAAUUAAUUGUUAACAAAUAGCACCUCAUUCUAAAGUGUUACCAUUAAAAUUAUAAUAUUGUGGCCACACAUUUUUGAUCAACAUUGUACACCAUACGUAACCUUGCCUGUCAAUCAUUUAUUGCACAGUUUGUUGAUACUGGGUUGGUUGACGAGUGGAGUUUUGGAGAGAGGAACAAAUGAGUUAAAAUGGCCAAAAGCACUUUCCUUAAUGUGCAUUCAUGUAAUAAACCUCCGUACCUUCAAAUGUGUGACACUAAAUCAAAUUUAGAGGUAUUCGGGUCACUAUAAACAUGUUGACAGUUUAUGUUAAUGUUCUUGCCCGGCAAGAUUCACUUCAAACUGUUGAUCAUGGUUGUGUGUAUGUACUUAACACCACCAAACAGAAAUACACAAAACGUUCUGACCACAAUGACCAACACACAACAAAAACAGUUUGUUUUGCCAAAUUUGUCCAGAACAAAACGCAGCGUUUUGAAACAUCCUAACUGUUUCAAAAGCAUCUAAAGCCGCCAGAAGAAUUCUCAUGUAAUGUUUGAUCAGUGUAACUGUACUACUGGUGGUACAUCAAGUGUUUUUAUUUAUUGGUUUGUAUUGAUUUAUUAUUUAUUUCAACACUUAGAUGUUUUCCUACUGUGUCAUGUUUUACACUCGCAAAUUGAAGGGACGACAUCUAUUCUGACUACUCCGCAGGUCUUCGUGUCUCGUGGGGGUUGUAAGAAAACACUUGCACACGUGGUAACAGAACCGGAUCUCAAACACAUACUGUAUGUAUAUAGAUAUAUAAAUAAAUAUUACACAUUUACUGAGAAGGAUAUAUCUUAGGUCCUUGAAACUAGCGUGCUGAUGAUAUUUAAAUAAGAGUGUACAGUUCUAUUAACCAAACACAUAGAGCCAGGGGUGGUCUGGCAAGCUUGCCCAUGUUCUAGAAACUUCUCUCAGGGUAGACUUGCUUCUCUAAGCUUUACAAAACCUGUCAGGUCGUACCACUGGUCAACGUUUACUGUUCCUAACCGCCAUCUGCUUCCAUUUCUUUCAGCGACGUUUUCAACGAAGUGCAAAUCUAGCGGUGCAUUUCAUUUGACUGAUGAUGAUGUGAUUUAUAUGCAUUCAAAUAGCGCGGCUAUUGUACUAUGGCCAUGUACUAUGAUACAUACUCAUACUUUGAUUAGAUAAAGGGCAGCCAGCCGCCGACCAAGUGCAUUCUGCAUCGAAGGUCCAGAAAAUCAGCUCAAUGUCAAAAUCGUUUGUGUGACAAAGAUGAAAACAGAUUUUAUGACCGUUCGAAACUAUUUUGAUUAUUUGCCAGACUCCUUUUCUUACCUGUUA